AUGGCAGAUGGUACCUACAGGUUCCAGCAGCCUGGGACCGGGCAGUUUUACUUCCAAGCACAGCCGCAGCAUUCUCACCAGCGACACUUCAUUCGUAACGGAACCAACUCUCCAACUGGCAAAGUAAAGUUUAACAACGACACACCCUCUCCUUCUCGCUCCCCUCCCCUUCACCAGGCCACAGCGCUUAACGCGUUCGCAAUGUACAACCAGACCCACCAGGCAUUGAUGAAUGGCGGUCAUGCUCAUCAGAGGUUCGGCAUGCAGAUGCCCAAGUUCCAGCCUCAGAACCACCAUCCACACCAUGCGCAGCAACAACACCAUCCGCAGCAUAACCAGUCAUCUCAUACGAUCAAUCAUCAGCACAAUUUCUCUGCUGCAGCACUAGCAAGCACCACUCCCCACUUCACGGCGAACCAUAUCCAAAAUGGGACACCGGCCAACAUCGAAGAGGACAUGGACGAGUCUAUGAGCGAAUACUGGCAACAGCAGCUCCAACUGGCAGCAGAGUCAAGACAGGCAAACUCCCCGCAUUACUACGCCCGUUCCGUUGCACAGCAAGCCAAGGGCAUUCAGCUCGUUUCUAGCAUGCCCGAAGCCCAGGAUACUGAGGGAGAUGAACGCAAUGGCUUACUAAAGUCUAAGCUGAAGUCAAGGCAAACUUGGAAUGCUCUCGAUUUUGGUGGCCAAGGGCUACGUGCUCUCUCGAGCUCUUUGUUUAACUAUGUGUUCCUCGAGAAGCUAUAUCUCAAUCACAACAAACUCAGGGUGCUCCCUCCUUCGAUUGGCCUGCUGCGGAAGUUAAACCAUCUUGACCUAUCUGGAAACGACCUUGCUGAGCUCCCUGAAGAGAUCGGCAUGCUCACGAGCUUGAAGAAGCUUUAUCUUUUCGAUAACAAUAUCCGGACUCUCCCUUAUGAGAUGGGGUACCUAUACAGGUUGGAGACUCUGGGGAUAGAGGGGAAUCCUUUGAAUGAUAUCCUAAAGUCUCAGAUCAUGAAAGAAGGGACCAAGGGCCUGAUCAGAUAUUUGAGAGAAGAGAUGCCAGUACACCUCCCGCCUCCCGAUCGAGACUGGAUAAUCCUUGACGAGACUGCUAGUUCACCGAAUGCUCCGGUGGAUAAGGUUUCGGUUCUUUCCUACAACACCCUUUGCGAAGCUGCUGCAACUCCGUCGCACUACGGUUUCGUUCCCUCUCGUAUAUUGUCGUGGGAAUAUAGGCGAGAACUGGUUCUGAGUGAAGUCCGGUCUCACAACGCAGAUAUUGUCUGUCUGCAAGAGGUUGACCAGGGUAGUUACAAUGACUAUUUCCGGGAAAAGCUGGCCUAUAAUGACUACAAGGGUGUAUAUUGGCCGAGAGGCAGAGCCAUGGGCAUGCAGGAGGAAGAGGCGAGGUCCGUUGAUGGCUGCGCCACUUUCUUCAAGGGAAGCAAAUUUAUCCUUCUCGACAAACAGUUGAUCAACUUCGGUCAGACUGCAGUACGGCGGCCUGAUGCCAAGGGUCAAGAUGACAUCUACAAUAGGUUGUGGCAAAAGGAUCACAUUGCGGUUGUCGUUUUCCUAGAGAACAGGCAAACUGGAUCCCGGUUUAUUGUUGUGAACGCGCAUCUCUACUGGGACCCUUCUUUCAAGGACGUGAAGUUGAUUCAGACCGCAAUUCUGAUGGAAGAGAUCACCAAGCUCUCUGAGACCUACGCCAAGUGGCCUGCGUGCACCGACAAGACCGCGUUCCGUUUCUCGGAAGCGGAUGGCGAAGACACUGUGAAACCCAUCGAGCCUGCCCCGUCUGCAGAAUAUGCUAGCGGCGAUCUGAUCCCGUUGAUCAUGUGUGGAGACUUCAACUCAUCUCCUGGAACUGCUGCAUACAAUUUGAUCGUCCAUGGCGGGCUAACCGAGGAGCACCCUGACCUCGAAAAACGGCUCUACGGCAACCUGAGUCGCGUUGGUAUGAGCCAUCCGUUCAAGCUGAAGUCAGCGUACGCUUCCGUUGGCGAACUGAGCUUCACAAACUAUACGCCAGACUUCAGGGACAUCCUUGAUUAUGUCUGGUAUUCAUCGAACUCGCUCAACGUCACGGCAUUGCUAGGUGAUCUGGACAAGGAGUAUCUACAGCGGGUUCCAGGAUUCCCGAAUUUCCACUUCCCAAGCGACCAUAUCGCGUUACUGGCAGAGUUUUCGGUGAAGACAAAAAAGGGCAAGGUUGUAGAAGCGGACUUUGGACCACAGAAGAAUUGA